AUCAUGGCAUUAUGCCUUCUUCCUCACUAUGCACAAGCCAUGGCUAGGCGCUACGACUUCAAUAUCAAGAUGCAAAACGUGACCCGAUUGUGCCACACGAAGAGCAUUGUGACCGUGAACGGGAAAUUCCCAGGGCCUCCUAUAGUAGCAAGGGAAGGCGAUCGCCUACUCAUAAAAGUCACCAAUCACGUCCCAAACAAUAUCACCAUCCACUGGCACGGAAUCAGGCAACUCCGCAGUGGAUGGGCAGAUGGGCCGGCAUAUAUCACACAAUGCCCCAUACAAACUGGACAAAGCUAUGUCUACAAUUUCACCAUAGUUGGGCAAAGAGGAACCCUUUUCUGGCAUGCACAUAUUUCUUGGCUUAGAUCUACUCUUUAUGGCCCUAUCAUCAUCCUCCCAAAGAAAAAUGCCAACUAUCCAUUCCAAAAACCUUACAAGGAAGUCCCCAUCAUAUUUGGAGAAUGGUUCAAUGCUGACCCUGAAGCCAUAAUAAAGCAAGCUCUAGCCACCGGCGGCGGCCCCAACGUCUCCGACGCCUACACCAUCAACGGCCUCCCCGGGCCACUCUACAACUGCUCCGCCAAAGAUACAUUCAAAUUGAGGGUGAAGGCAGGCAAGACCUACCUCCUCCGCAUAAUCAACGCUGCACUCAACGACGAGCUCUUCUUCAGCAUCGCCAACCACACCCUCACCGUGGUCGACGCCGACGCAGUCUACGUCAAGCCCUUCCAAACCACCACCAUCCUCAUCACACCCGGCCAGACCACCAACGUCCUUCUCAACACCAAACCACACUUCCCCGGCGCCACUUUCCUCAUGGCCGCCCGCCCCUACGUCACCGGCCCCGGCACCUUCGACAACUCCACCGUCGCCGGAAUCUUAGAAUACGAAACCCCAUCCCUCCACCUAAAAAACCUCCCUCUCCACAAACCCCAGCUCCCGUCUCUCAACGACACCUCCUUCGCCACCACCUUCGCCACCACCUUCGCGGGGAGGCUCCACAGCCUAGCCAGCGCGAAGGUGCCGCAGGAGGUGGAGAGGCGGUUCUUCUUCACAGUGGGAUUAGGGACCAGCCCGUGCGACCAGAAGAACGCCACGUGUCAGGGGCCGAACGGGACCAAAUUCGCGGCGUCGGUUAACAACGUGAGCUUCGUGCUGCCCUCGAAGGCCCUCCUGGGGGCCCACUUCGCGGGGCAGUCGAGCGGGGUGUACAGCCGAUUCCCGGUUAGCCCGCUCCGUUGGUUCAACUACACGGGGAGCCCGCCGAACAACACGGCGGUCGGGAAUGGCACGAAGCUGGUGGUUUUGGCGUUCAACACGAGCGUGGAGGUGGUGUUGCAGGAUACGAGCAUUCUUGGAGCUGAGAGACAUCCUCUCCAUCUCCAUGGAUUCAAUUUUUAUGUGGUGGGACAGGGUUUCGGGAACUAUGACCCGAACAGUGAUCCGAAUAGAUUCAAUCUGGUCGACCCGGUUGAGAGGAAUACGGUUGGUGUGCCCGCGGGUGGAUGGGUUGCCAUUAGGUUUUUGGCUGAUAAUCCAGGCGUGUGGUUCAUGCAUUGUCAUCUUGAGGUUCACACGAGUUGGGGUUUGAAGAUGGCAUGGCUUGUUUUGGAUGGGAGGCUUCCAAAUCAAAAGCUCCUUCCUCCACCCUCGGAUCUUCCUAAAUGCUGAUCUUCUUUGUUUGGUUUUCAUCUCCCUCUUGUUUUUGUUUUUGAUCUGAUUGGCUUUCUUUUCUUCAAAUUUUGUGGAAUUAAUUGAUUGCAUUAUUGUGUUCUUUAUCACCUUCUCUUUUUUAGUUUAAUCUGAACAAUUAAGAUUACACGUCACUGUACUUUUGUAGUUCUGUGUAUUGGUAUAUGUUGCAAUAUAGUAAAACUUGAUGUA